AUGUCUUAUAAAUACUUAAAACAGACAACUGGUCUCACUAGACUCAAUGUAGCCAAAAGUCCACAUUAUACUCUAGGAGUGUUAUACGGAAAAAUUCUGCGGACCUUGCGUAAAAUGCCAGAGGACGCAGCAUAUCGAAAGUAUACUGAGCAAAUAAUUAGCAAUAGGGCCAAAAUCGUUCAAGAAACUGUAGCAGUAGAAGAUUUUGAAAAGAAAAUUGACUGUGGACAAGCUGAAGAAUUAAUUGUACAGGCUGAAAAUGAAUUGGUCUUGUCCAGACAGAUGUUGGCAUUUAAACCAUGGGAAUCGUUAAUUGUCAAACCAAGUGCUGACCAAUGGUCCUGGCCUCCGUCAAAGUAA